AUGGACCUCAUGCGAAGGACAACAACCGGACGCCCAGCUGCAGCGUGGGUUGUCAUGGCGCUUGCAAUGCUGGGGAUUAUCGCAUUUAACGUCCUCCGCGUUAGGGCAAUCGACGCGAGCAAAUGCGAAUCCGCUCUCAAACUCCAGAACGACCCUGCAACGGCGGCCUUCAAGCGGUGCGCAGCGAACGCUAACCCCAUCCCCAUCAGUUGCUGUGCAAAGAUGGCACCUUUCAUACAGUACGGCGAAUGCCUACAGGACCCCAAGUUCCGGAAAGUAGCGGAUGCCUUCCUGGCACCGAGUGUAACCGUUGACCGGGCCCUGAAGGACUGUCUAGGUAGCGACUGA